AUCUAGCUAGCUGACGAUUUCAUCCCGAAUGAAUCAUGCUCUCGGGUGAUGGAUCUGGCUCUGUUUUUCUUCUCUUCUCAUGUGGUGGUUGUCGAUUUCACAGCGUCAUGGUGCGGGCCUUGCCGCUUCAUAUCUCCUUUCUUGGGCGAGCUGGCAAAGAGGCUGCCCCCUAUUACAUUUCUCAAGGUCGAUGUUGAUGAACUCCAAGACAGACUAUUGCUCAGGACUGGGAAGUGGAGGCAAUGCCAACAUUCGUGUUUCUGAAAGAGGGCAAGAUUCUAGACAUGGUAGUUGGUGCGAAGAAGGAAGAGCUCCAAGACACCAUUAACAAGCACUUGGCUACUUGCUCUGCUUGAAGAAAGAAUCAGUUAUCUU